AUGCCAUUCAAAGCUGGAUUAGAACUGACUGAAUUGCAGAAUAUGACCGUCCCUGAAGAUGAUAACAUCAGCAAUGAUUCAAAUGAUUUCACAGAGGUGGAAAAUGGUCAGAUAAAUAGCAAGUUUAUUUCGGAUCGAGAAAGCAGAAGAAGUCUCACAAACAGCCACCUGGAAAAGAAGAAAUGCGAUGAAUAUAUUCCAGGAACUACUUCACUGGGGAUGUCCGUCUUCAACCUCAGCAACGCGAUUAUGGGCAGUGGGAUUCUGGGGCUCGCUUUCGCCUUGGCCAACACGGGAAUUCUCCUUUUUCUGAUACUUCUGGUUUCAGUGACGCUGCUCUCUAUUUAUUCAAUAUAUCUCCUGUUGGUGUGUUCAAAAGAAACAGGCUGUAUGGUGUACGAAAAGCUGGGUGAGCAGGUCUUCGGUGCCCCAGGGAAAAUGAUUGUCUUUGGAUCUACAUCUCUGCAGAACAUUGGAGCAAUGUUGAGCUAUCUCUUCAUAGUCAAAAAUGAGCUACCUUCUGCCAUAAAGUUUCUAAUGGGAGAAGAAGACUCCUUUUUGGCAUGGUAUGUGGAUGGCCGGAUUCUUGUUGUCACAGUGACUUUUGGUAUCAUCCUCCCUUUGUGCCUCCUAAAGAACUUAGGGUAUCUCGGCUAUACCAGUGGAUUUUCAUUAAGCUGCAUGGUAUUUUUCCUGGUAGUGGUUAUUUACAAGAAGUUUCAAAUUCCCUGUGGCGCAUUGGAGCUAAAUGCAACAUCACCUAUCCUAUCAAAUAGCUCAGCACAUGAACUUAUGUGUAAGCCAAAGUAUGUUAUCUUUAAUUCCAAGACCGUGUAUGCCUUGCCCACCAUUGCUUUUGCAUUUGUGUGCCACCCAUCAGUCCUCCCCAUUUACAGCGAACUUAAAGACCGUUCACAGAAAAAAAUGCAGCUGGUUUCAAAUAUCUCAUUUUUUGCCAUGUUUGUGAUGUACUUUAUGACUGCCAUAUUUGGCUAUUUGACUUUCUACGACAAUGUGCAGUCAGAUCUGCUUCACAAGUACCAGAGCAAAGAUGACAUCCUCAUCCUGACCGUGCGCUUGGCUGUGAUUGUAGCGGUGAUACUGACGGUGCCAGUGCUGUUUUUCACUGUGCGUUCAUCAUUAUUUGAACUGGCUAGGAAAACCAAAUUUGACUUACGCCGUCACGUUUUGGUUACUUUUGUUCUGUUGAUUAUCAUAAACCUGUUAGUCAUUUUUAUCCCAUCCAUGAAGGAUAUUUUCGGAGUUGUAGGGGUCACUUCUGCCAAUAUGCUGAUUUUCAUCCUUCCUUCAUCAUUGUAUUUAAAAAUUACACAGCAGGAUGGAUCAAAGUUGACUCAGAGGAUUUGGGCUUCUCUUUUCUUGGCACUAGGGAUAAUGUUUUCCCUAGUGAGCAUUCCCUUGGUCAUCUAUGACUGGGUACAAUCAGGAGGCAGUGCUGAACGCCACUGAAGUUCAACUCCUUGUGAAAAGAAGACACCCCUGUCUGCUACACACCAAAAUCGCAACCAUCCGUUCUGUUAUCUAUUCCAUCUUUUGUGAGUUUACUCAAAUCCAAAUAAUGACUAUCCAGUAAUGAAAAUACUGUUAUGGGUGUAUUUUCUUGCAGAAAACACACCUGGUUCUCCAACAGGCAUAUCGCUCUGUCACCCAAUACUGCAUUAUCAGACCAGCGCUCAGUCUGUGAGACUAUAUAGAGCAU